UUGAUGAAAUCGGUUACUCCAAGAGAAAGAAAACUUUAUUUGGGAAAUGGAAUAAUUUUGCGUGAAGAAAGCAGGUAAUGAAGAAAUGACCACCUUAGGCAUUCAUAACACCUCUUGGACUGUAAGCGAGUUCAUCCUCCUGGGCUUUUCGUGCAGCCAUGAAAUAGAAAUCCUUCUGUUUGUGUUGUUCUUCUUUACAUAUGUACUGACUGUGCUGGGGAAUGGGACAAUUGCCUGUGCUGUGUGGUGGGACCAGCAGCUCCACACUCCCAUGUACAUCUUACUAGCCAACUUUUCCUUUCUUGAGAUCUGCUACAUCAAUUCCAGUGUGCCCAACAUGCUAGCCAACCUGCUCUCCAAGGCCAAGACCAUCUCCUACAACGGCUGCAUUCUCCAAUUCUACAUCUUUUCUUCUCUAUGUGCAACAGAACUCUUCUUUCUGGCCCUCAUGGCAUUUGAUAGGCAUGUCGCUAUCUGCUACCCACUCCACUAUCCCACCAUUAUGACUGGGAAGCUCUGUGCCACCCUGGUGUCUGCCUGCUGGGUGGGUGGCUUCCUUUGGUUACUGACCCCUGUCACCCUCCUCUCCCAGGUGCCCUUCUGUGGUCCAAACAUCAUUGACCACUAUUUAUGUGAUCUAGGGGCAAUGCUGGCCUUAUCAUGUACACCUGUCCCCAAAACUACUCUAACCUGUGGUGCUGUCAGUACCCUUAUUACCUUUAUCACCUUAAUGUACAUCCUUGGCUCCUACACCCAGGUGCUAAGAGCUGUGCUCCGAGUGCCAAAGGGCUCAGGAAGGCAGAAAGCCUUCUCUACAUGUGCUUCCCAUCUAGCUGUGGUCUCACUAUUCUAUGGCUCCAUCAUGAUGAUGUACGUGAGCCCAGGCUCAGCCAGCCAACCUGAGAUGCAGAAAUACAUCACCUUGUUCUACUCAGUUGCCACUCCACUCUUCAAUCCCAUCAUCUACAGCUUCCGCAAUAAGGAAAUUAAGGCUGCUUUGAGAAAAGUCCUGGGGAGAAUUUGA